UUCAGAGCUUGAGAGAGAAAGAGUAAGCACUUUUUCCAAGAGUGAUCUUUUGGGUAAUGGCAUGGCCAUCCUCUCUUCCUUUCAAACCUUCACUCUCUCCCUAACACUCCUCUCCAUCUUCCUCUUCUUCCUCCUCCUCCUCACUCCCCCAACUCCCACUUCCCCAAACUACCCCUCCCCUUUCCCCCUAACCCCCCACAGGUCCCUCCUCCAAACUUCCUCCUCCUCCAAUGGCCUCUUCAACUACCUCUGCCUCUUCCCCCAAAACCCUAGCCUCUCUCUCUCCUCCCUCUCUCUCAUCCUCCUCCUCCUCUUCUACCUCCUCAUCAAAACCGCCCAGGACCACUUCUCCCUCGUCACCACCAAGCUCACCUUCGCCCUCAACCUGACGCCCUCCAUGGCCGCCGUCACCCUCCUCGCCCUCGGCAACGGCGCCCCCGACGUCUUCGCCUCCCUCGCCGCCGUCCGCCGCGGAAACUACCGCACCGGCUUCGGCGCCAUCCUCUCCGCCGGCACCUUCGUCUCCGCCUUCGUCGUCGGCUUCGUCGCGAUCUACGCCGCGCCCUUCUCCCUCACCCCGGCCACGUUCGUCAGGGACGUCAUGUUCUACCUGAUCUCGGCCACGUUUCUGUUCUACGUGUAUCUGAGCGCCGAGAUUUAUCUGUGGCAGGCGGUGGGGUUCGUCGGGUUUUACUUGUUCUUUGUGGGGUUUGUGUUCUGGAUGGACUUGGGGUUGGGCGGAGGAGGAGGAGGAGGAGGAGGAGGAGGGAAGAGGAGCCGGAGUGAGGUGGCGGUGGGUGCUGAGAGUGAAAUGCACAAGGGCUUUGUGGAAUUGGAUUGCGAGAUCGGAGAAGUUGAGAAGAGAUCAGAGGAGGGGAAGCCGAGUUUCGGGGUCCGGCGAGGUCUGGAAAUGGUCUCAAAAGUAUGGGAGGUUCCAGUCUCAAUUCUUCUGAAGCUGACAAUUCCACAGGCUGCCCCGUCGGAAUGGAGUAGAUUCUACACAUCAGCCAAUAUUGCUCUAUGCCCUCUAGCACUUCUAUAUUCUUGCAACUCGUUCAUGGAAUUCAAUCAUCCUGUAGCUUUUCUUCUUUCCAACACCCAUCUUCCACUAUGGUUUGUUGUAUUCUUGGCAAGCUCCUCUCUUGCACUUCUUCAUUAUAUAAUAGAGAAAGAGCCCCCCAAAACUGAGCAAAUUCCUGUAUUGCUUAUAGCAUUUGUUAUGAGUGUCUUUUGGAUAUCCACUACUGCUGGAGAAUUGUUGAACUGCCUUGCUGCACUUGGAGCACUUCUGGAGUUGCCACCAGCACUUCUUGGGCUUACGGUUCUUGCCUGGGGAAAUUCUGUGGGGGAUCUUGUUGCUGAUGUGGCACUUGCCAAGGCAGGCCACCCUGCAUUGGCCAUGGCAGGGUGCUUUGCCGGGCCAAUGUUUAACAUGCUUGUAGGCCUUGGAACAGCGUUGGUGAUACAGACCUCCAAUGUUUAUCCGGAAGCAUAUGAGCUCCAGUUCCAUGUGGGUAUCGUGAUUGCAUUUGUGUUCUUGCUUUUGAGCCUGAUGGGUUCUCUAUUGGUGAUCACAUGGUGCAGAUUCCGGGUGCCUAGGUUCUGGGGGUUCUGUCUUGUUGGUCUCUAUGUUAUCUUCAUGGCAGUUAGCUUACUGAUUGCGAAGUUUUCGGGAUGAUUUAUAACCUAAUGAAAUUUGGUUUAUCAUCCACAAAAUCCAAGCAACUGGGGAUGAUCUGGAGCUUCUAUAUCUUAUCUCAGCUUGGUGAUCAUGCUAACUCUGACAUGGAUUGUGCAUAUACAAUACAAGCAUCACUCAUUGACGGUUCAAGAAAGAAGCAAUCAUGGUGCAAGUUCAAGAAUUGGCCACCCUUAUAGGUAGAAUUGUUUUUGUUUCAACAUUGAGUAGGUGAAAUUUUUUUUAGGCUAGAAUUGUUUGGUGAUGGGAAUAUCAAUUCGUUGUGAUUGGAAUAUAUUUACCGGGCAUAUUGCAUAUAUGCUUUGGGUAGUGGCAAUACCCUUUGGCUCUUGUACUACUUGUAACAGUACCAAAUAGCAGUGGCAGUUUACCACCAGAUGUCAAUUUUUUGUUCUUUA